AUGCAGUUCAAGUUGCAGCGGACGGGCAAGAUGCAACCGCCGGUGCAGCAGCAGCAGCAACAGAAACGCAUGCAAGUGCAACGGAUCACCGAAACCAGCACAGCCGUAAGGCGGAGAGAAGAGGCGGAAAAGGAGCAGGAACGGAGGCGUUUGGGUCGGCGGAAACCGUCAACGGCCAACGGCAUGUUGUCGACUUCCGGCCUGCGGGCUCGUAGCACUCUCCUUUCGGCGGUUCUGGUCGUGCUGCUGGCACAGCUAUGCUACGGUGCCGAUCUGGUCAUCGAGAUCCCCGGUAACCAGGGUCUGGAUGAUUCGUUCUACCGGCUUGACUACUACCCACCGAUCGGUAAUCCGGCCCCGAACGCGACCAUCGCCUCCCGGGACGUCGGUGAUGAGAUACAGUUCUCCAACGGGCUGCCUGGAACGCGGUACAACUUCUGGCUGUAUUACACCAACUCGACGCACAAGGACUGGCUGACGUGGACAGUGUCCAUCACGACGGCACCGGAUCCACCGGCAAACUUAACCGUGAUACCGCGCAGCGGCAAGAACGUCAUCAUCAACUGGAGCCCGCCCGUUCAGGGCAACUACUCGUCGUUCAAGCUGAAGAUCCUCGGUUUGUCGGACAACUUCGCCACCAACCAGACGGUCGCGAUCGAAGACAAUCAGUUCCAGUACAUGGUCCGGGAUCUGACACCCGGUGCGACGUAUCAGGUGCAGGCGUACACCCUGUACGAUGGCAAGGAGUCGGUGGCCUACACGAGCCGUAAUUUUACCACAAAGCGCUAUCGGCACAAAGAUCUGCUGGAUAUUAAGAUUCUGCGAGAACCAAACACGCCCGGUAAGUUUAUCGUGUGGUUCCGCAACGAAACCACCCUGCUGGUGCUUUGGCAGCCACCCUACCCGGCCGGUAUCUACACGCACUACAAGGUAUCGAUCGAGCCACCGGAUGCACUGGGCAGCGUACUGUACGUGCAGAAAGAAGGCGAACCUCCUGGGCCAGCGCAAGCCGCUUUCAAAGGGCUCGUACCCGGCAGGGCAUACAACAUCUCCGUGCAGACCAUGUCCGAGGACGAAAUAUCGCUUCCUACAACGGCGCAGUAUCGCACCGUUCCACUGCGCCCAAUGAACGUGACGUUUGAUAAAAAAUCUAUUUCGGAAAACUCGUUCAAAGUGAUGUGGGAAGCGCCCAAGGGAACCAGCGAGUUCGAUAAGUAUCAAGUCUCGCUGUCGACGUCCCGACGCCAGCAGGCCGUUCUGCGAAAUGACAACGAAAAUAUGGCUUGGCUCGAGUUUAAAGACAACCUGGAGCCGGGAAAAACGUACCAAGUGGUUGUGAAAACCGUCUCGGGCAAGGUAACGUCCUGGCCGGCAAGUGGAGAUGUUACGCUGAAACCACUUCCGGUCAAGCAGUUGCUCUCGACCACCGAUAGCAAGACGGGCGUCAUCAGUAUAUCCUGGAAGCCGGAUGAGCUGAGCACGCAGGAUGAGUACCGCAUCAGCUACCACGAGCUGGAGACGAACAACGGCGAUUCGAGCACGAUGAGCACCAAUCAGACUUCGUUUGCACUGGAAUCGUUACUUCCGGGACGGAACUACUCCGUAACGGUGCAGGCCCUUUCGCGCAAGAUGGAAUCCAACGAAACGGUGAUCUUUGUCGUAACGCGUCCUUCGUCGCCGAUCAUCGAGGAUUUGAAGUCGAUCCGCGAGGGGCUAAAUAUCAGCUGGAAGAGUGACGUUAACUCGAAGCAGGAUAAGUACGAGGUAACGUACACCCGAAACGACACCAACGACGGCAAGACGGUGCUGACAACGGAAAGUCGGCUGGUGUUCACGAACCUCUUCCCGGGAGCGGGCUAUGAAGUGAAGGUGUUCGCCGUUAGCCAUGGCUUACGUAGUGAGCCUCACUCGUACUUCCAGGCUGUGUAUCCCAACCCACCGAGAAACAUGACAAUCGAGAAAGUGACAAGCAACUCAGUGCUGGUGCACUGGAAACCUCCGGAGCGAUCGGAAUUCACCGAGUACUCGAUCCGGUACCGGACAGAGAGCGAGAAGCAAUGGAUCCGGUUGCCGUCGGUGAAAGCAACGGAGGCGGACGUCACCGAUAUGACACCGGGUGAGAAGUACACCAUUCAGGUGAACACCGUCAGCUACGGUGUGGAAAGUCCCAACCCACAGCAGGUGAAUCAAACGGUUCGACCGAACCCCGUCUCGAACAUCGCCCCGCUGGUGGACUCGAACAACAUCACGCUGGAGUUCCCGCGACCAGAAGGUCGUGUCGAGACGUACAUCAUUCACUGGUGGCCAACGGAGCAACCGGAGCUGGUGUCGAUGAAGAACUUCACCGAGAGCAACAUAAUUCUACCAUAUCCUGGCAGUUUGAGUGACGAUGAAAAAACAGUUGAAGAACCUCCACUGGUGCGCCUACUGAUCGGUGAUCUAAUGUCGGGUGUGAUGUACAACUUUAAAAUUCAAACCAUUUCCUAUGGGUUGACGAGCGAUCUUACAAAGUUGCAAACGCGUACCAUGCCAUUGAUCCAGUCCGAGGUGGUGAUCGUGAACAACAUGCACACCCGUGAUACGGUUACCCUUAGCUACACCCCUACGCCGCAACAAUCGUCCAAGUUCGAUCUGUAUCGCUUUUCGCUGGGCGAUCCAAGUAUUCCGGACAAGGAAAAGCUCGCGAACGACACCGAUCGGAAGGUCACGUUUACCGGACUUACGCCGGGUCGGUUGUACAACAUCACUGUGUGGACGGUGAGUGGUAAGGUUCCGAGCCAGCCGAUACAGCGACAGGAUCGCAUGUUCCCGGAUCCGAUUACGGUGCUCGAGGCGACCGGCAUCAACGACACCUGGAUUGCGCUGAAGUGGGACAUCCCGAAGGGAGAGUACACAGCGUUCGAGGUUCAGUAUCUGAUGAACGAUUCGCACUACGUGCAGAACUACACGGUAAACAACCAUAUCACCAUAACGGAUCUGAAGCCCCAUCGCAACUACACCAUCACCGUAGUGGUUCGAUCCGGAACGGAAUCGAGCGUUCUGCGCGUCAGUCUGCCCAUUUCGGCCAACUUCCAAACGAAGGAAGCCCUCCCGGGACGAAUGGAUAAGUUCGCCCCGAUCGACAUACAGCCGAGUGAAAUUACCUUCGAGUGGUCACUGCCACCAAACGAGCAGAAUGGCAUAAUUCGGCAGUUUACGAUCACGUACGGGCUGGAUGGGUCACAGCACACGCAGGUUAAGGAUUUCCGGCCGAACGAACUGCGCGGUUCCAUCAAGGGACUGCAGCCGGGAAAAUCGUACGUGUUCCGCAUCCAGGCAAAGACGGCCAUUGGUUACGGGCCGGAGCACAUCUGGAAGCAGAAGAUGCCGAUUCUAGCGCCACCGAAACCGGAAACACAGGUUGUCCCGACGGAGGUCGGAAGCAGUGCGACAACGAUCGAGAUACGGUUCCGGAAGCAUUACUUCAGCGAUCAGAACGGAGUUGUGACGACGUACACGAUCAUCAUAGCCGAGGAUGAUUCGAAGAAUGCAUCGGGACUAGAGAUGCCUAGUUGGCGCGAUGUUCAAUCGUACAGCGUGUGGCCACCGUAUCAGGUGAUAGAACCGUACUAUCCGUUUAAAAACAGCUCGGUGGAGGACUUCACCAUUGGCACUGAGAACUGUGACGCUAAGAAGACGGGCUACUGUAAUGGGCCACUGAAAUCCGGUACCACGUACAAGGUGAAGGUGCGAGCUUUCACGGCUCCGGAUAAGUUCACCGAUACGGCCUACAGCUAUCCCAUCCGCACAGCGCUUCUCUCGGUGGAUGCCCAAGACAACACAUCGCUCAUCGUUUCCAUAACUGUGCCAUUGUUCAUCAUCGCAAUGCUGGUUGGUGUAGUGCUGUUCCUGCGCCGUAGGCGCCAUACCAGCCGCAAAACCACGGAGCAACGGACCAACGACAAUAUGUCCCUGCCGGACAGCACCAUCGAGACGAGCCGGCCGGUGUUGGUGAAAAAUUUCGCCGAACACUACCGCAUGAUGUCGGCUGAUUCCGAUUUUAGAUUUAGUGAAGAAUUUGAGGAACUUAAGCAUGUCGGACGCGAUCAACCUUGCACAUUCGCGGAUCUACCGUGCAAUAGGCCUAAGAAUCGAUUUACGAAUAUUUUACCCUACGACCAUUCCCGUUUUAAACUCCAACCCGUGGAUGACGAGGAAGGCUCGGAUUACAUCAACGCAAACUAUGUACCGGGCCAUAACUCUCCGAGGGAGUUUAUUGUGACGCAAGGUCCGUUGCACUCGACGCGGGACGACUUCUGGCGCAUGUGCUGGGAAAGCAAUUCGCGUGCGAUCGUUAUGUUGACGCGAACCUUCGAAAAGGGCCGCGAAAAGUGCGACCACUACUGGCCGCACGAUACCGUACCAGUGUACUACGGUGACAUUAAAGUGACGCUACUUAACGACAGCCAUUAUCCCGAUUGGGUCAUAACGGAGUUUAUGAUGACAAGGGGUGAGCAGCAGCGCAUCAUACGCCAUUUCCACUUCACGACGUGGCCCGAUUUCGGCGUGCCAAAUCCUCCUCAAACGCUUGCACGAUUCGUGCGUGCGUUCCGCGAACGGGUCGGUCCGGAUCAGCGGCCGAUCGUGGUGCACUGUAGUGCCGGUGUCGGUCGGUCGGGUACCUUCAUCACGCUGGACAGAAUACUGCAGCAAAUUCAGGUGUCGGAUUACGUCGACAUCUUUGGCAUCGUCUGGGCAAUGCGAAAAGAACGUGUCUGGAUGGUACAAACGGAACAGCAGUAUAUUUGCAUCCAUCAGUGUCUGCUGGUCGUGCUGGAAGGUAAAGAAGGCACGGAGCGUGAAAUUCACGAUAACCAGGGCUACGAAGAACCUCGAGACGACGAUCCUCAGUCGGAGGAGCAGUUGCUAAUCGAAAACCGCUCCGACGAUGACCUCGAUGAGGCGGCAGUGAGAGACCAGCAGCAGGAAGUGACCGAUUCGCUCGAAAAUUCCGAACUCGAUCGUCGAAGAAGCGGUGGGAUAGAGCUCGCGGGCACAGAACUAGCAAAGCGCAACUUCCCCAACGGAGAAACUACCGAAGAGGAGCUGCUGGAUGAAGAGGAAGAGGUCGAAGUGACGGUCGAUGGGUUGGUGGUGGUGUCUAAGCUACAACAACCCCACUGUGUUGCCAUGACACUGACCCUAAACGACGCCCUGCAGCAACAGCACCACCAGCAGCAACAGAUCCAUUCGGGCAGCUCUGGCAACAGUAACGAUCGCGAUCUGCCCUCAUCCGGGCUGGACGAACGAUCCAUCGGUAGCAGCGGAACGAACAGCAAUAACAGUGCCAACAGUGGCUACGAAUCGAGCCCACACAAACGUCGCUCACUGACAACAACCACCGGCCCAGAAAGGGUGCACGAUCGACGAUCGCUAAACUUCUCCACGGGUGGUGUAGAAAUCGGCAGCAAGCUGGACUCAUCGGUGAACGGUCUCACCGAGCAGCAGCAGCAACAAACACUCCACAUGCAGCAUCAUCAGCAGCAACACCAACAGCAGCAGCAGCAGCAUCAGGUCCUUCCGGCGACGCAGCAACAACAAACCCACACACACCAGCCCACGGUCGGUGGUGGGAAGCUGUGGAAGGACGAAAGAUGACAGUUAGAGAACGAUAGCGAUAAUCGAAGCAGCGGCCGCAGCAGCAUCGUGAUCGCUAUCAACGACAACGAUAGCCAUGUAAAUAGCAACGCCUCGAACGUGGUGAUCCUGCGCGCGGACGGUGACGACGACGAUCGCACGAUGGCCACCAAGGACGAUGAGACGGAGAUCGACGACGGUAUCGACGGG